AUGACUCGCGACCAGUUUCUGUGUGGCUCAGCCCUGAUGAUCAUCCUCUUGGCCAGUGGCUCCAGGUACGCAACACUACAGGUUCUUCAACUUUCACGAUUCCUCAGCUAUGAGUUUGCCCUGGUUUGCAUUUUAAAGACUUACGGCCGUCCCUUCUGUGCAGGAUCCUUGAUUACCAAUGAGUGGGUGCUGACAGCUGCUCACUGCCUGGACAGCGUGCUCAUCAAUAAUGCGACGGUUUCGCUGGGAAGCCAAAACCGUUCAGGCCCGAACGUGACUCUGAGAAUCGAACGGACCGUGUGUCAUCCGUCAUACAGCUCCUGGACCAACAACAACGACAUCUGUCUCCUGAAGCUGUCGUCUCCGGUGGACUUCAGCGACUACAUAUAUCCGGUGUGCUUAGCCUCGGCGGGGAGCACCUUCCACACCGGGGUCAGCAGCUGGGUCACCCAACCUGGUUCACUUUUCGGAGCCGAGAUCGUGCAGCAAGUGAACGUACCAAUCGUUGGAAACAAUGAGUGCAGAUGCGCCUAUGGUCAACUCACAGAGAACAUGAUCUGUGCUGGGCCGUGCCAGGGAGACUCCGGGGGCCCGUUGGUGACCAAAGAUGGUUCCAUUUGGAUCCAGAGUGGAAUCAGGAGCCUUGGCUUCGGCUACGGCUGCGCCAGGCCCAAUACUCCUGGAGUCUUCACCCGUGUGUCCCAGUACCAGAACUGGAUCUCCAACGUUACCGGUGCCAGCCAACCGGGCUUCGUUCCCUUCACAUCGCCCGGAGUGAACAGCGACCUCUAUUAUGCCUGUUCUAACACAGCACCCACAACCAAUCCAACCCCACGCACCAAGCAACCAUUCCCAGUAUAUCCUGAUGGAAGCGUGUUCAGUAGCGGUGGAAGUAUGAUCCAUUUCUCCCACUCCCUCCCACUGUGUCUCCUGGUGGUUUCCCUCUAUGUGCUGGUCUGUGAAGCGGGAAGCGUUUAAAAUGUCUCGCUGUGUUUCACAACCAGGCUUCUUUUUCAAUGGAUUUGAAACGUGUGAGGUCACACGGUGGUGACAGGUACACAUGUAUGCAUCACUGCAGCAUGACAACUAAACUUAACUAACUACAUGGGGGGUGGGAGGGGUGUUGUGUUUAUCUUGAAUUGCUCCUGUGUGAGAUCAUAAAAUGAAUAAUUUUUAGUAACUUGCAGAGGAUUGGAUUGACGGGAAAAUGUAUCUUCUUUUCUUCUUAUAAAUCAAAUAAAAAGAGUUCCUCUUUCAAA